AUGAGUUCUCAGACACACUACUCACUACGCUCUCAAGUGUUUGCACUAGUGAUACGAUGGGUGGCAACAGGCAAAGGAAGUCUUCCUCCUUCAAAUCUGUCUUCAACAUCUUCAAAUCUAGCAAUAGGCACAGAGGAGGGCAUUAUGAUGCUUAUGAUGAUGGUCCAAAGCAAUGGACCAGAGUCUGGCCAAGUGAUGAGGACAGAGGUCGCUGGGGGGUGGCUGAUCCUGUCAUUGACAGCAGAGCCACAGCUUUCAUUGCUCAAUACAAGAAACGAGUUUCUGAGUCAGAAGUUCACUGCCAAGCUCAAGUCCAGCAGUAGGAAACCAAACUCUUGUAUCGUGGAUUUAAAUAAUUUGAUUGUGCCUCUACUGUAA